UAAACACGCUUAUUUAAACGCAUUGUGAAAUCGUUUGCUGUAAUGUAAACAGGUGUAACAAGUGUGUUUCAAUAAAAUGUCCAAUUCAUCCGAAAGUGACAGUAAUGUUCAUCACAGCGACAGUGAAGAGCUCGUGAGAACCAACAGAAUAAAAAGAAAUAAAUAUAGGCCUAACUUAAGAUUAAUUCAACAACCGAACAAAGAAACAAAAGAUGAUCAGUGGAUUCAAAUUGUUGAUUCAAGUGAAAGCGGAAAUGACGUUAUAGUGCAAGAUGGAAUGAUGAAAGCACCGCCUACUAUCACCACUCCGGAAGCUGAAAACGUACCUUUAUCUAACGAAAAACCAGAAGAGGAAGAUAAAGGAAUAGAAAACGAAUAUUCAAGUCCUGAAGAGCUGAUCUACAACAUCAGAGCAUUACCUAAACACAGCCCGACGUAUGAAUUGGAGAAAUUUGAAAAGAAUGCCAUGAUCAUCUUUAACCAGGAGAGUAUUGACGGAUAUAGAAAAAGAUUAGGGACAGAGAAAGAUGCGGAGGCUUUAGAGACUACGUUCAAGAAAUUCGGAUUUGAAGUGACAGAUAGGAAAGACCUAACUAAAGCAGAUCUAUUUAGUGAACUCGAAGCAUUCAGCAACACAGACUUUACCGAAUACGGUUGCAUCGCGGUGGCGAUCCUGACGCACGGCUCGAAGAACGGGCUACUGCGAGCUCGCGACGCGCCAUACUGCGAGAUGGAACUGCUCAAUCUCUUCAUGGACAAGCCCAUGCUCGUGUCCAAGCCGAUCCUGUUCAUCAUCCAGGCGUGCCGCGGCACGAAGCAGACGGCGGGUGUGGCGGUGCACACGGCGGGCCGCGUGCGGCGCGACCUGGACGAGGAGGUGGAGCCCUACACGCUGCCCGUGGAGUCCGACAUGCUCAUACUGCACAGCUCUUACGUCGGCAAACCUUCACAUAGGAACGAAAUCCACGGAUCCUGGUUCAUACAAUCCCUCUGCAGCAAGAUAGAUGACAUGGCCGACUCCCACGAUUUCGAGUCCAUCCUGACCGAAGUCAAACGAGAGGUCGCCAUAGACCGCCACCACAACGAAUACAACCGGAGAACGCUAGAAAUGGUCACCAACAAACAAAUGCCGGUCACAACUUCCACGCUAAUCAGAAAGUUGUAUUUGAAGAAGUUUGGAGAAGAUGAAAUCUCUUAUAGUAAGGUGGAGACUGAGAGACAAGACUCGAGGAAUGAGGUGUUGGAUUGUGGGACGCCAAGGACGCCUUUGUUUGGACGAUGCUCGUGUUUUCUCGCACAUUUUGAGUACAUCAAGAGUUGUUUGAGGCAUUAUGUAGAAGACAACCCCGCCGACACGACAGCACAGGGGUUCCUGAACAUAGCCAACACUUUCAAGAGCGACAGAGACUUCGACACCCCCAAAGAAGUGAUGUUGCAGACGAUAUGUAACCAUCUAAUGACGAACGCACAGGCAUGUACGUUUUAUAAAUAUUUGUACUUAUACUCGUACAAAUAUUGA